GGAGGAGAGUGAGGGGAUAAAGCCGGUAAAGGUUGAUAAGGUUGCACCAGUGACAGCUUUGUCGACACGUGGAGCUCGCGUCCUCGCAGAGGUAUCGAACGGGCCGCCGGGCAGCAGCGCGACUCAGCCUCUGAUUGACUUGAACCAACACAGAACAGACGGGACAGUGGCCGUUAAGGAAAACCUCUGACUCCAGGUGGUGAACUUCCAGUAACCCGCAUCGCUGAAAAUCCAGAUGAUGCCACCACAACAACUGAAGAGCAGUUGGCUGCGGCAGCUUCUGGUCGUACUUUUGAAGCUCUGCCUCACUUUUGCUGGUCCUCUGCAGCCACUCAACAGGACUGAAUGCACAGCCAGAGGUCCUGCUUCCUACAUUGUGGUAUUUACGGGUCACUGGAGCCCACAGGCCUUCCCGAAGCAGUAUCCACUGUUCCGGCCCCCUGCACAGUGGUCCAAACUCAUAGCGGUGAGCCAUAAUCGCCAUUUUCGGCUCUGGGAGGAGGGCGCUAAAGCCAGUGAAGGGGUGCAGCACUUUGCUGAAGUUGGCGUGACGGUGGAGCUGAUGAAGUCGGCCAAGGAGGCAAGGAAGAGACGCUCAGUCGGCAGCAUGUACCGGACAGCCGGCAUCCCGAACGGAAUCGGGCACAGCUCCACUGAGCUGCUCAUGCUGCCCAGGAACUCACUGCUGUCUCUGAUGGUGAAGAUAAUCCCCAGCCCUGACUGGUUCGUUGGUGUGGACAGCCUAAACCUUUGCGAGGGCAGCCACUGGAAACAGGACGUGACCAUUGACCUGCAACCUUAUGACGCCGGGACAGACAACGGCUUCACUUUCUCCUCCCCCAACUUUCCCACCAGCCCCCCAGAAAACAUCACAAAGAUCACCUCUCAGAUGCCAAACCACCCCGCCAACUCCUUCUACUAUCCACGACUAAAGGAACUUCCACCCAUUGCCAGCAUAAAGAUCACACGGCAGAGCAGAUCUCUCCACCGCCACGUCCCCAUGUCCAAUCAUAUCCUCCCAAACUCCAUUAGUCCUCAGAGAUUCUCAGUGACACCGCUCGACUGUGAAGUGUCUCUCUGGUCAUCAUGGGGCUUGUGUCUUGGCCCCUGUUCCAAAGGCGGCGUCCGCCAUCGCACACGCUACAUCCUUCUCCGACCGGCCAAUGCUGGUGACCCUUGCCCCGAGCUGGAGGAACAAGCUGAGUGCGUACCACACAGCUGCAUGAAGCUCCAGUAACCCACAAAGCACGGGCGCUGCCAGUAAAUUCAACACUGGGACUCAUGUUAGUACUGCUGGACUGAAAAACCUUCCUGCAUUAUUCCCUCAUAAUGCAAAGGAUUUUCCUCCCUGUCAAGACUGCAUUUAUCGUGUUGCCUUUUAGUUUUAGUGUCUGGUGUCUUCUUCGAUGGCAAGUGUAGCAGAUCGUUGGACCAAUGGGGGGGUGGGGGGGGGGGGGGACACUUCUGAUGUCUUGAGGUUAAAUGAAUUCAAAUGUCAUCUGUGUUAUGUCAGUCAAGUGCAUGCCACAGUAGCACAAAUGUAACAUUCACACACAGACACCAAAUUAAUUUCACCAACUUUUAGGCAUGAAGGCAUUAUUUUAUAUAACCUUAUACUGCACAUGCAGCUCUUUCCAAAAUAACCUCACAGUGAAUACAAAAUGUUUUUCAGGCUGACAGGAAUAAUGGCUUGAAACAGUUAAGGAGUUGGUUUGUUUUAUAACAAUUUUUUUUUUUUUUUUUAAAGAAUAUUUGUAUGUUAUUUUAUUGUAAUGUUGAAGUUUUGUAUAUACUGUAUUGCAACUCUUGUAUUACUCAUGAAUAAACGUGGAGUGUUUUUCAAAACAGGACA